UGAGAAGAUUUAUCCCUGUUUGAAUCCCGUUUCUAUUCCCCCGGCAUAUUCCCAUAUUCCCCUCCCUCCAUUUCUAUUCCGCUCUCUUAUUUCUAUUCCAUUCCAACUCCAAUUUCAAUUCCGAUCGGUCAAUGGCGUCAUCACUUCACAACACUCACCUCCUCUUGAUUCCCAAACCCAAAGCCCCUUCAAUCUUCACCAAAAAUACACACACAUCUACUUACACCUAUACUUACAACUUCCAAUUUUUUAAACCUUACGUCAAUCUUCUUUCUUCUUCUUCUAACUCUUCUCACAUCUCACGCGUCUCCACCGCGCCUGUAGAGCACGCGCCGUCGCCUUCCGACUUCGAUUUUUCCAAGGAAAUCGCUCGAUUAAAAGCCCUACGCUCCACCCUAUCCAAUUCAACUAACUUAGAGCAGAAAGUCAAAGUAAUUGACCGUGAUUCCAGAGUUAAGAGCUUCUUCCGCACACACAGUGACGAUGUUUUUGGUCUUUUGGAGGAACAUGAGUUGUUUUUGAUCAAGUGUGUGGUGGCGGUGGGGCAGGAGCACCUGCUUAAGUCGGAUGAGUUGGAGUUUGAAUUCGAGUCAAAGCGGAGUUCGUUGAAGAGUGCGUUGUAUGGAUUGGCGGAGAUGAUCGAGAAUUGGGAUACAAAUGAGGGAGUUGUGAAGAAUGUGAGUAGUGGUGAGAGGAUUGAUGAUGAUCAAGUGAAGGCUUUGCAAUCGUUGGUUAGAAAUCUGGGAGAGGUUGAGCAGUUUUAUGACUGCAUUGGCGGAAUUAUUGGAUAUCAGAUCAUGGUGCUGGAGCUUCUUGCUCAAUCAACUUACACAGAGCAGGGCAUCAGUCUUUCCCAUAGAAAAAGUAAAUCAACAGAAUCACAAAUUCUUGAGAUUAACCCUCCUAAUGUGCUUGACCUUUCAAAAGAUACAGAAUAUGCAUUUCAAGCAGCUCUAUGGGGAAUCGAGGGCCUGCCAGACUUGGGAGAAAUUUAUCCUUUGGGUGGUUCCGCAGACAGGCUUGGUUUGGUUGACCCCGUUACAGGUGAAUGUCUUCCGGCUGCAAUGCUUCCAUAUUGCGGACGGACAUUGUUGGAAGGUCUUAUAAGGGAUCUUCAGGCUAGAGAGUUCUUGUAUUUUAAAUUGUAUGCCAAACAAUGUGUGAGCCCUGUUGCAAUUAUGACAAGCUCAGCAAAGAAUAACCAUAAACACAUCACAUCAUUGUGUGAAAAGCUGAGAUGGUUUGGACGAGGCCGGUCCAGAUUUAAACUUUUUGAACAGCCUCUUGUUCCAGCUGUUGGUGCCGAAGAUGGUAAGUGGUUGGUGGCCGGUAAAUACUUUCCUGUAUGUAAGCCUGGUGGUCAUGGUGCGAUAUGGAAACUUGCCCAUGACAAAGGCGUUUUCCAGCAUUUUCGUGACCAUGGAAGAAAAGGUGCAACAGUUCGACAAGUCAGUAAUGUCGUGGCUGCUACCGACCUGACUCUCUUGGCACUAGCUGGGAUUGGAUUGCGUCAUAAUAAAAAAUUGGGAUUCGCGUCGUGUGAGCGGAAUCCAGGGGCUACCGAAGGCAUUAAUGUUCUAGUCGAGAAGAAGAAUCAUGAUGGAAAGUGGGAAUAUGGCAUUUCAUGCAUUGAGUAUACAGAGUUUGACAAGUUUGGAAUUAGUAAUGGACCUAUUUCUAAACAUAGUUUGCAGGCAGAGUUUCCUGCCAAUACAAACAUUCUGUACGUGGACUUGCAUUCUGCAGAGCUUAUCGGAUCAAGUAAUACCGAAACCAGUUUGCCAGGCAUGCUGCUUAAUGUAAAGAAGCCAAUCACGUACAUGGACCAGUGUGGUAUCCAUCAUCGUGUUUACGGUGGACGUCUGGAAUGCACGAUGCAAAAUAUUGCGGAUAAUUUUGUGAACAUGUAUCCCUCUCGGUGUUACAAAGGUGUAGAAGAUUUGUUGGAUACCUUUAUUGUGUACAAUGACCGAAGGAAAGUUACAUCAUCUGCUAAGAGAAAAAGAAAACAUGCCGACAAGUCCUUACAUCAGACUCCAGAUGGGUCGUUGUUAGACAUCAUACGCAAUUCCUAUGAUCUUCUUUCCCGGUGUGAUAUGAAAAUUCCAGAGAUUGGAGACAAUGACAAAUAUGCUGAUUCUGGACCUCCUUAUCUUAUAUUUCUUCAUCCUGCUCUUGGUCCACUCUGGGAAGUCACCAGACAGAAGUUCAGCGGUGGUUCUAUUACUAAAGGUUCAGAGUUGCAAAUCGAGGUGGCUGAAUUUUUUUGGAAGGAUGUCCAGCUUGAUGGUAGUCUACUUGUUAUAGCUGAAAAUGUCAUGGGCUCAACUAAGACUGAUCAAGAUGGUGAGCCUCUACUACAGUAUGGGCAUAGGUGUGGAAGAUGUAAGUUAGAGAAUGUUAAAGUAGUAAAUGAUGGAAUUGACUGGAAUUCAAGUGAUAACAUCUACUGGAAGCAUGAAGUCCAGCGGUUCGAGGCCCUCAAGGUCAUUUUGCAUGGAAAUGCCGAAUUUGAAGCUGUGGAUGUAAUUCUGCAGGGCAAUCAUACAUUUGACGUCCCAAGCGGCUAUAGAAUGAAGGUUUCAUCUGCAAAUUCAGGCUUAGCGGUCUGUUUAAAACCUAUCAAAAAAGACUUGAUGGAUUGUGGAAGCUGGUUCUGGAAGUACCACAUAAAAGGAAGUCACGUACAAUUGGAAAUGGUGGAGCACUAGAAGACUAAUCACAUACUCGACUUUAACUUGUGAACCAAAGUUCACAACUGGAAUCAGAGUUCACUUGUCAGCUCAUCCGAUUUUCUUGGUUAAACUGAAGUUAAACCAUUUUGAUAAUUAUUUACUCAUUGCUGUAGUAAAACAUUGUUAAAUAUAGUGUUUGAGUUAGAGCCUUUCUUAUUGUAGCCAGUGCAGGUUGCUGCCAUUGUAACUUCCCUGUAAAUUAUCUGUAAAUCAGUUGUCAACAUAUAUAAAAGUGUAAAUUAAGCUUAAA